AUGAAUAAUGUUCGAGACUUCAGACCUGACGCAACCAAGUUGGCUGCUAUUGCCAAUGUGAAGGCAAAGGUUGCUGGGAAGCAGCCUGUUGUUGAGCUACACCAUCAAGAAUAUGUUUAUAUUCACUGCGCCAAUAAACUCUUCAUCGUAUACCGAGAUGUCAUUGUAGCGGGCUCAAUGUACUUUGAGUGCUCACUCUUCGGCUUUUUCAAGGAGAGCUACAGCCAAGAAGUAUUCUUCGACAACGACAUAGACCCUGAAGCUCUCGAAUUCUACCUCAACAUUGCACAUAGUUGGUUCUUUGAAAUAAAAGUUCUCGGCACCAAGGUUGUGCCCGUCGAUACCUUCAAGGAUCUAGUCAAGAGCAUACAGAAUGAGCCUUUGAGACGAGCUCAUCUGGAGGUUCCCAAGCUGAAGCUGGCAAAGCUGGCAAACACAAUAAUCUUGGCCGAUCGCUUUGUUCAUCGUUCUCUUCUCUCCAUAUUGCGACAGAUGUUUAUCUCCCUUCUCGACUUCACCCACACUUGUUGGGUGGAACUAAAGGCGGAAACACGCGACUGGACUGUCGCAUACCAUGAGGAGAUAACGUUCGACUAUCUGGACACAUUCAACAUAUUAUCGACAGGUCAUGAUGAUGAGAAGUAUCUAAGGGAUGCCGUCACGGAGUCAUUUUACUGGUUCAGGUUCGACACCAAGUCUUUCGUCAAACACUACCAAAUCUUCAUGUCCCAGCAAUUUAUCGUCGAAUGGAACAUCGACAGAACUAGCCAUGCACCAACGCGGAUGAGCUCGCACGCCAUGGGGAUUUUCAGAACCGACCAGCUCAUAUAUGCAUCUCAAACUCGCCAGCAGAAAGAUAGAAGAUUCAAACGUGUCAUGAACCUCUGCGCCCCCGAGAGCAGACAAGACUGGCUGCCUUGGUUGGCAGAUCCUGAAGAGAAACGUAUUCGAAUCCAUCACCUUCAUGGCGUUGCCACCGCCAGACGUCGCGGGAGGCUGUCCACGCCUGGAAACCAUACAAAACGAUCACAAAAGACAAAACCAGCUCGCGCCACGAAUUCUCCGGAAGACCAUCAAGAAGGUAACAAAGAAAACCUUGAGCACCAAAAGCCUAAGUGUCGCAGACGCAAGAGAGGCAAGAAGGUGAAUGACAACCCUCGUUAA